AUGGAGCUAUUGCAGAUUGUAAAAUACUUAGGCCGAGAAUAUUACAAAUUGGAACUCAACUCUAAAUUAGAAGAAUCUCCUCAUGUUAUAAAAUCAAUAAGUAUACCAAGUGAAGAUAAAAAAUUAUUACCACUUAGAUUAACUAUUGUCUCCAAUAAUUAA